CGAGCAGCGGCAACAUGUGACGAGAAUGGGAUGAGUGCUCCAGUGAAUGCGUGAAAGGGGAGAGGAGGGAGACUUUCACGGUGGUCAUGCAACACGACAACAACGAGUGAAUUUCGUUUCAGCCGCUGUUUUGAACGGGCGAGAGUUUGGAAGUUCGGAGACGCCACAAGGGAGCGUAUGCGACAGCGGCAACAUCAACAAAAUGGAUGAGAAGGCGCGCAAAUGCGGAGUCCGGCCCUGCCAUCCGCUGAAAUCUUUGAAAGAGCUCCAGUCCUUUCGUGAUUUCUGCUGCUCGUUUGAAAGGGUGAAGAAUCAAUCCACAGACGCUCGUAUUGAGCAGCCUUUACCUGACAGACCGAGGGUUCUCCUUUGCCAUGACAUGGCUGGGGGAUAUCUCGAAGAUAGGUACUACUGUACAGAGCUCUUCGCCGAGCAACGAAAAGUUUCCGGUGACUACGAUCCCAAGAAAGACUACCGAUUCGACCACUGGGACCGUAUCGAUAUAUUCGUCUACUUCUCGCACAACUUCAUCACCGUGCCCCCAUGUAAAUGGACUCAGGAGGCUCAUGCGAACGGCGUCAAGAUGCUAGGAACGAUAAUCAUCGAAUGGAAAUUGGAAGUUCUCCAAGAACUGCUUGACCCCUCCGCGAACGACCAAGUGAUCGAAAAUUUGGUAGAUCUCUGUGUUUGCGGGAAUUUCGAUGGCUGGCUCCUCAACAUGGAAGUGAAGGGCGACCCCGACCUCGUCACGGCCCUACGGGACAUGAUAACGACUUUGAGGAAGAGACUCCUGGAGCGGAAACCAGGCAGUCUGGUUCUGUGGUAUGACUCCUUGGUCACAACAGGGAAAAUCGCUUACCAAAAUGAGUUGAACCAGCUGAAUAAACCUUUUUUCGAUGACUGUGAUGGCAUUUUCCUCAAUUACGGAUGGAACGAGCGAUCCUUGGGAACGAGCAAGGCCACCGCCGGAGAGCGCGUUCUCGAUGUCUAUGUUGGAAUCGACGUCUUCGGCAGACAGACUGGGUAUACCGGCGGAUUCAAUACACCGCAGGUGGCCAAAGAAGUUAUAGACAAAGGGCUCUCCGUGGCUAUAUUUGCUCCCGGUUGGGUCCUGGAAUGCAACGAUGUUCGGGAUUUCUCCCAGAAUCAGGAGAAAUUCUGGGGCAUCAUGCCUGUCUUGAGAUAAUGAAUCAUCUGACGGCUGCCGUGCCGGACGAACGUAAUGAUAGACUCCUCUCUCCCUUGAUACCACUGCAUACUCGGCAUAAGGAGCUCGAGCGCCAUGCUCGAAGAGGCAAACUUCGGGAACAACCCUCCUGAUAUGAGAGACUCUAGUGGCUCAAAGUCCGAAAUUCACUAGAGUGUUGGAGCAGUCGCAGCCAGAUUUCCGAGAGAGGUUCCCAAGUCUGAGAAAC